CCAAAUUUCGACGACGAAGACGCUUGUGGUUAUGUAUCUACGCAUUCACCAACAAAAGGAGAGAGAUAGGUUUCGAGCGCGCUAGAGUGUGCUAGGGUUUUGUGGUGAUUAGGGUUUUGAGGUCGCCAAUGGCGCUUCCCCCAUCCCCAACGCUCGAUCACCUCCUCCAUUCCACACCUCUGCUCCCGUGGAUUGGGAUUAGGUCUCCGAAAUCGUCUCCUUGAGAUCCUUUUUUCUGCGAUUGACAUCAGUAAGAGCGCCAUGGACGAAUCGGACGAUUUCGGCGACCUCUACGCCGAUCUCGACGACCACGUAAAUGCUGGGGUAGCUAUCAACGGCAGCGAGGCGAAGCUUGAGGAGUUUGAUUCGACGAGCGAGGACCAUUGUUCGAAUGGACGAACCCUAGAGUGUAAUGGCGCCGCUGUGGAUUUGGGUGAUGGGAUUAUGGAUAGCGAAGAUUGUAGCGAUAGCGAGGACGAUUUCCAUAUAGUUCUGAAUAAGGACCAGUGUUCGAAAAUGGCGAGUUUCGGAAAUGCGAGGGGGGCCAUGGGAGAGGGCGAUGACGGGGAAAGGGAUGAAGAUGAAGAUUUUUUGAUCGCUAGUGGUUCUGAUCAUGUUAACAAGGAUCAGAGGAGUGAUCAGUUGCUCUCCUUGGACUGGCAUGCAGGGCCUCACUCUAGAGGAUUGCUGAGCAAUUCAAGAACCUCAUUGUCUGCACAAGGUGAUUGGGAUCAGCUUGUAGUUCCAAUUUCAUCCUCCAAUUCAAGCGUCUCUACAACUGCUCAAAAAGGGUUUACCUUCUUUUUGCCCAGAAAUAGAACAAUAUUCGACAUAAAUAUUGAAGCGUUUGGGCUGAAGCCUUGGAGACAACACGGUGUAGAUAUCACCAACUACUUCAACUUUGGUCUUGAUGAAGAUAGCUGGAAAAACUACUGUGAAGACCUGGAUUGCCUCAGGCAGCAAGCUACAGUGUUGAACCAAUUUCUUCAUAAUGAACCAUCUAGGUUGAAUCAGUUUGUGAAAUCUGUGCCAUGUGAAGCUACUCAAUAUGGACUGGGUAAAAGAACUCCUUUAAUUAUGGAAAACAUAGAUAAUGGAUUUAAGGGACUUGCGAAGCCAAAGGGUAGAGCAAUUCAGGUUGAAAGUGGCAUCGGUGAACGCAUGCCUUCAAUUGAUAUGAAGCGACCGAGACAAUGGGACUCUGAUGUGGUGAUACAUAUUAAUAUGGAGGCUUCAGAGGACAAUCUGUCCACUCAAAAUGAGUUAGAGCUUGGACAUGCUGAACAAGAUUCUUUUGGCUCAGUGAUACAAUAUGAGAACAAAUCAUCUGAAAAAUUUUCAUUUCAGGACCGUGGUGAUAAAGAGUGUCAGAAGGAUGCCGACUUGGUUGAGCACCACUAUGCUCUGAAGGAAACAAUUGUAAAAUGUACUCAUAAGGAUGCCUUAGCCAAACAUGAUCAACAAAUAGAUUCAUCAAGAGCAAAUGGUUCAAUAGCAAAGGCUCUCUCUGCUUCUGCUGAUUCUCAUUCUUGCGAGCUUGAUAUCCCUUCUGAAGCAUCCAUUGAUGGCUCUCAUUUCAAGAGAGCUCACCGUCCAAUAAAAGUGACGUCUUUAAAUGGAGUUGUUGGAUUUCAAGAGUCAGUCCAAUCGUAUCAUUAUACUUCAAACAGUUCCAGGGGCAAGGUUAAUAAAGCAGAGGAAGAAAGCCGGAGAAGUGGUAACUACAGCCAUGCCCUCUCUCGAGGAGAUCAUAGAGGUUGCAGUGGAACUAGAUGUCAAAGCUGGGCUGAAUCACAUACUGCUGCAAAAGAUGAACAGGCAUUUAUCCAGUCUUUUAACAAGUGCAAUCUGGAUUGCCUUAAUAUUAGUAAUAAAAUAAUGCAAAAACAGUUUAAUCAUGGCUAUGAUGUCAGAAGAUCUGUGUCUUCUGCAAAAGGAACAAAGCUGUCAGUAAUGAUGAGCCAAAGAAAUGCUGGAAAGCAUAGGAGCAAGCAAUCUACUGUUAGAAGUUCUCAAAGUAAUGCUAAUCAUAGCAUGUUUCCUGAAAACAACUUGGAACAGAGAGAUUGUCUGCUGGAGCAAGGGUUUGGUUCAAGAAAUGGAAAAGAACACAAAGACCGCUUCUUACAUGAGAAUGUAGAUAAGAAAAGAUGGCAACCUCUUUCUUGUGAAAACAGCUUGUGCCAGCGUCAGAGAAAAGAGAGCAGACACCAUUUAUUGUUGGAAGCAAAGCCUGUAGAUGAUGUAAAUGAAUAUGGAUCAAUGGAACCAUAUGCACAGGAAAUGCCUAGAAGGCAUGUAUCUCAUAACAGCUGGGAGGAUCAAUUAUUUUGUGACACAACCUACGAGACUAAAGAGCUGAGAAGCCCCGAAAUGAGAGGCAAAAAUGAACAUUGGUCAAGUGCUUAUGUCAGAAAUAAUGAGGAAAAUCUGAGACGCCUUGACCGUAGUCUGUUGGACUCUUCAAGAUACGCUAAUCUCAUCCCGAAUGAAAGAUGUUGCCAUGAUGAUGAUUCGUUAAUACGACAAUCAAACAAGUGGAGACGUCCUAAUGUUAGAAAAGUACAGUCAGAGAGCAAAAAUCAUCGAUAUCGUUUUGUACAAAGCAGCACCAGUUGCCGUCAUUCAGUUUUCGAAGAUGGUUUUGAAUGGCAUACUGAUGAGGGUAUCCUUGAUGAAAGGGAUGGCUACCAUGACAAAGUUAUUGAGAUGAGAGGAUACAGUGAUUUAGCCAAGCGAAGACUUCAUAUUGAUAAUGUCCUUUCUAAGCAUCAAGAUCAGGUUGAAUUGUCAUCGUUAAAGAGAUCCCUCUGUGGAAGGAGACAUGAGACUGAUUACCAACAUGUUUUUAAUGGUGGAAAAUUGUAUGACACCCACCAACCGGAUAAUGCUAGAAAUGACGUAACUAAAGAAGCCAAAAGUGGUUUUGAUGAUAGGAGAUAUUUUAUGUCUGUCUCAGACAGUUUUGAUGAGAGAAGACAUGAGUUUGCAAUGUUAGAGGGCAAAAGGGCAGUUAACAUGCGUUUGAAUGGUUGGAAUGAUGGAAAGCUUGCAGGGAAAGGCCAUGAAGUUUCAUGUGGAAGUGAAAGAGAUAGCCACUCAUGCUUUGCAAUAGAAAAGGAACAGGAUCAUUCCGCAUGCAAUGGACUAAUUAGCAAAAUGUCAAGACCGGAAGGAAGACGCACUUACCCAACUAAUUUAAAGGCGGAGAAACUAAAACAAUCUGAGUUGUGCUUGUUCAAAGAGAAGUUUUGCGAGAGAAAUCCCAUUUUGCAAGUUCAUGAAGAUGAUGAAAUCGAGGAGGGACAGCUGAUUGAGGAAUCUGAGUAUCAGGCUGUCGAUUGCAAAAAGAAGGAUAGAAAUCGGAGUAAAUACAUGACAUCGGGAGUUGAAGCGAUACCACUGGUCCAUUGUGAGGAGAAAAAUACCCUCCCAAAAGAUUCAAAUUCCAAGAAUGAUCGCAUACUCGAGAUGCUGGCUAAAAUGGAGAGAAGAAAGGAAAGAUUCAAAGAGUCUAUUACUCCGAGUAAAGUUGCAGAAGGGAGUGAUAUGGCACCUGUGGACAUUCCGGCUACUUCUGCAGAUGAAAUUAAGAAGCAGAGGCCUCUAAGAAAGCGGAGGUGGGGGGCUAACUAGAAACUUGUACCAAAGGAGAUAAUUGCAAGGGUUGUGCCUCAGGAGUCUUCCCAGGUACCAGCCCAUUGUACAGAUCAGAAGGAACAGAGAAUUGAAGUGUUUAGUCGGAAAGUAGAAAGAGGGGUGAAUGGUACAGUUGUUUAAAUAAAUUCGAUCAGGAUCUAAAAUGCUUCUUGUAUUGCUAUUUCGUUAUUUUCUAUCAAUCCCAUUAUAUUUCAGAUUAGUUGAAUUGUGAAAUUUGUCGCUACUUUUCGAAUAAAUGAAAGUUGGAACUUCAUUCUCGUGUUA